AUGGCGGGAGGAAAAUUUUGGAAGUUUCACUCAAAAUCCACCACAACAGUAGUGCCCAUAGACACUGAGCUCACUGAGAAGUUUGGUCUCUUCCACUUGAACCCAAUUCCUGUGCUUCCGAAGAAUGGAGAGUCGCCUUAUAGGAUUGAUAUCGUGGCACUGCAUGGUAUAAAAGGCGAUGCAUUCAGAACCUGGACAGAGAAGAACGAAGAUGGUGUCAAAAAUAUGUGGUUGAGAGAUCAGCUACCCAAUGAAUUACCAGGUGCUAGAAUAUUCUCGUUUGGAUAUGAUGCGAAUGUACUGUUUAGUCGAGGGACAGGUACAAUAGAAGAUUUCGCAACAAAUCUUCUGGAGGAUUUGGUGAGAGUGAGAAAGGAUGACUCGAAUCAAAAGCGUCGGAUCAUUUUCAUAUGUCAUAGCAUGGGAGGUAUCGUGCUGAAGAAGGCACUUGUCAAGGCUGUCGACAAUAACCUUUACAAAAAUAUAUUUGACUCCACAUCCGCCAUUCUCUUCCUUGCCACUCCGCAUAUGGGUUCCGAUGAAACCAAGAUACCUUUGUCUGUUGCUAACUUUGCAAAUGGCUUUCUUUCGGUUCCGAUGAGAUUGAGUGGUCGUGUGAGAGAUGAUCUGAUAAUGCCUCUCGCGCGAGGUUCCCACAUUUUGAGAGAUGUGCAGCAAACCUUUAAGGAGAAGAAAUUAUAUGAAGGCAUUUCGAUUGCUAGUUUCCAGGAACAGGUCAUUUGUGCGGGAUUAAAAGGACUGAUUGUUGAUAAGGAGAGUGCUCUAUUGCACAUUCCAGCUGAGCGGGCGGUGCCAAUAGAUCGUCAUCAUCGAAAUAUCUGCAGAUUUGGUGGGCCUGAAAGCAAAUCAUACCAAAGGAUUUUCGGAAUUUUGAAAGAGUAUGCUGAUGAAGCUAAUUCAAGAGUCCCUGAAGAACUCACACCUGAGGACAAAGCUGUAUUAUCCUCGAUAUACUAUCCCGAACUGGGGCAGAGACGUCGCAAUGCGAACAACGCCUACAAAGGCACCUGCAGCUGGAUCUCCGAAAAUCGCUCCUACCUUCAAUGGAAAGACUCUCAACGAAGUUUAAUAUGGAUCAAGGGCAAACCAGGUGCAGGUAAAUCUACACUUAUGGCAUAUGUCUUGUCAAAUUUCCGCCAUAGCGAUUCUCGCCACCUAGUACUGAAUUUUUUCUUCCAUGGUCGUGGUGUCCCUCUCCAAAAGAGUCCCGAAGGAAUGUAUAGGGAAUUGUUAUAUCAACUUUACUCACAAGCAUCACCUAUUCGCGAACAACUCCGAAACUCCUUUGCCGAAAAGAACGCGUCGAGACAGUUGGAGAAUGAUUGUGUUUGGACUGAAGAUGAAUUGAAAGUAUGGCUAUUCAAUGCCAUCACUUGGAUUGCGCAAUCAAGACCGGUUACAUUAUUUGUUGACGCACUCGAUGAAGCUGGCGACGACAAUGCAAGAAUGCUGAUUGAUUAUUUUGAUGAUAUGAAGAAGAGAGUGUCACAAGAUGAAGAUGGUGGAUCCUUAAGAAUUUGUGUUUCUUGUCGGCAUUAUCCCAAUGUGACCUUGAGUGAGGGCUUUGAGGUCAACGUAGAAAAUCAUAACAUACGGGAUAUUGCAGUUUUCGUUCACGCACAACUGGUAUCGAAAAUCAUCAACUGGGACAACGAUAGGGUGGCUAUUGAGGGUAGAGAAAAGAUGGAAGCAGCUAUUGUGAAGAAAUCACUGGGUGUCUUUCAAUGGGUCAAGCUUGUGGUUCCCAUGGCUGCCGAGACAUUCAACGAUACGGAAAGUCUUAAGGAAGUUCACGUUAUGCUGGAAAAGGUACAGGAUGACCUCGCAGCUGUGUACGAUAAUAUUCUGACUAAUGUCAUCAAAGUUAAAUAUCGACCCAAAACACUGCUGUUGAUGCAAUGGGUUGCCCUUGCUGAGCGACCUUUAACUGCUACCGAAUUGAGAAUUGCGAUGGCAUGCGAUGAAGGAUCUGAAAAUCCGGGACAAAAAAGAUGGGAGGAGAGUCAGGAUUAUAUCGAGUCUGAUAGGCGAAUGGAGACUUUAUUGAAGACAUUUUCUGGAGGGUUGGUGGAGAUAGCUCUGUAUACCUCGGGGUUAUAUCGCGUACAAUUCAUUCAUCAGACGGUUGUCGACUUCAUGUUCUCAGGAGGCUUACUCUACCUAGUGCAAGUUUCAACACCACUGGUGACCAGGGCCUUUGCAGUCGACGCCGAAAGUGCCAAUACUCAGAUCAUUGGGCAGAGUCAAGACCGUCUCUCAAGAUCCUGUAUGAACUACUUCAAACGUCCAGAGAUAUUACAAGAAGACUGGUCCAAUGACUCUGAAAGUCUCGAGGAACGGAAAAGACAUAAAUAUCAUUUUUUUGAAUAUGCCGUAGAAAAAUGGUCAAUACAUGCAGAAAAAGCGGAGAGGCGAGGACAGUGUCAGAAACACUUGAUUCAACAACUGGAACAACCCCCUGGCUUUUUCAGAAUAUAUACCAACAUGCUUGAGUCUGUCGCUGUACAUAAUUAUGGUGUACAACGUGGUUCGACAAUAUUACAUCUCAUGGCAUAUGCAAAUCUUCAAACUCCCACCCGAGAAAUCCUUCAAAGGGGUGAUUCAGUUGAGGAUCAGGAUCAGAACUGGUCGAGACCAUUACACUGUGCUUCCUAUCAGGGCCACAAAGAGAUGGUACAAUUACUUCUCGACGCUGGUGCCGAUAUCAAAGCUACACAAAACGGUAGAUCAACUGCUUUAGAAGUUGCAGCAUCUCGACAUCACGAUGAUGUCAUUCAAGUCUUACUCGAAAGAGGAGCAAAUAUCAAUGACGUCUCAAAUUCCGGUACUGCUCUGGAAGGGGCGUGCUUUAGUGGCGACAUAAAAUUGGUCCAAAGAUUGUUGGCUAUUGGAGCUGCAGUCAAUCCAGAGGCAAAGUUUGGAGGUACUCCCUUGAAAGCGGCCGCGAGAAAAGGACAUGCGGACGUCGUUCGACUUCUUUUAGAUAAUGGCGCAAAUGUUGAUCAAUACGAUGAUUACAAUGGAACAGCUCUCCAAACUGCAGCUUGGGCUGGCCAGAUAGAAGUAGUCAAAAUACUUUUGGAGAAAGGAGCCGCAGUCAAUGCACAAGGUGGGAAUUUCGGUGGUGCGCUGCAAUGUGCUGCAGAUUCAACAUCUCUAUACAACAAUGUCGGCACCACCAUGGAGCUUCUCGAACUGUUGAUAAAUCACGGCGCUGAAAUCAAUAUGAGUGGUGGGAUAUGGGGAAGUCCAUUCGCCGCAGCUGUCAAAGGGUUUGGAUCUAUAGAUUCCAACGGUGGGAAAAUUGAUCCACGCAUCCAGCUUUUAAUUGACCGAGGGGCCGAUGUUAAUUUACCUCCUGGGAAGAACGGAAAUGCUUUAAUUGCCGCAGCAUCGCAUGGAAAUAUCAAGCUCAUGGAGCUGAUUUUAGAUCGUGGCGCUGACAUUGAUACAUUGACUGAUUAUGGUGACACGGCAUUAGCCAUUGCAUCAGAUACUCCUUGGAAAGCGCACCCAGAUGCUGUUAAAUUUCUCCUGCGCAGAGGUGCCGAUGUAGACCUACACUUCUCAUGUCUGGGCUCGUCUCUUAGAGGCCCACCCAUUCAACGUGCUGCAAAACGCGGCCGAUUGGAAAUCGUACAAAUACUCUUGCAUGCGGGUGCCGACCUGAACGCUGGUGCUGGACAGGCAGGGACUGCACUUUGUGCAGCAGCUAGCAAUGGCCACUUGGGAAUAUGCCAACUGUUAUUGAACAUGGGAGCAAAUAUUCAUGCGGGAAGCAUGAAUGGGACAGCACUUCAUGGUGCAGCGGAAUGGGGACAUGUAGAAAUACUUCACUUGUUGCUAGCGCAUGGGGCUCGAAUCGAUGAUGGCUGCGAGCUGUGGGGAACGGCAUUGCAGAUGGCGGCGAGACAAGGGCGUCUUAAUAGCUUUAACUUUUUAUUGAGUAGGGGAGCAGACAUCCGUCAUAUUGGAGGCUGCCACCAUAAUGUACUCCAAGCCUCGGCACACGGCGGAAACCCCAAAAUCGUCGAGCAGUGUUUGGAUAGUGGGAUAAAUGUUAACAUCAGGGGAGGCGCGGGCGUAGAAACACCCCUCUUAGCUGCAGCUCAACAGGGACACGCUGAAGUCGUUAAAUUACUAUUGGAUAGGGGUGCGAAAGAUCUCAAUGAGGGCUGGUUUUCAAGCGUCUGGUAUCAGGCGGAAAGCAGAGGACAUAGAGAGGUGUUGAAUGUGUUGAAGCAGAGCGGUGUAGAGAAAGUAGGCUAG